AUGUCGUAUGAUUCAGGAUAUGAAUCUGAUGAUGAUUUUGAUGCAGAAAUUAUUGCAUGGGCAAAUUGGAUGUUGAGGGAGUACCCCCCUCAACUUGGACAUCAGCCUCCAGUUGUAGAUAAUGAAAAUGGUGCGGAGGGGCUGCUCAUCGCUGAGCAACAGAACAUGGAAAUUAGCAAUGAUGAUGCUAAUAAUGAGCCUAUAGUGAUUAGCGAUGAUGAGCAAGAAAUGGAGGUAGAAGAUGAGCCUAUUGAAAUAAGCGAUGAUGAGCAAGGAAUGGAGGCUUAUGAGCGUGUUAGAAUAAACGUUGAUGCUCUAGUCCCUAUACGGGAUGGGGAGGUAAUUUUCAAUUAUAUUCCCGAGGGGGGGAUCAUUUAUGAUGUGGAAAGAUUGGAUGAAUCCAAGUUGCCAAGCAUUCAACAUUUCUACAACAAAUUGAACGAUACAAAUAUUUCGGACGACGAUUACGCGCACGCGCAAAAAGUUUGGGAAUCUUUCGAGCUGAAAUCGCUGGGAGAAUAUAGCGACCUAUAUAUGCGGACCGAUAUUCUUCUUCUUGCCGACGUCAUGGAAAAUUUCCGUGCGUCAUCCCUCAAGACCUAUGGCCUCGAUCCUGCAUGGUAUUACACAAUGCCCGGCUAUUCUUGGGAUUGCAUGCUCAAGUAUACUGGGUGUGAGCUGCAAAUCAUCAAAGACAUCGACAUGGUGAUGUUUGUGGAGCAGGCGAUAAGGGGCGGAGUAUCGGUUUGUUGCAAUAGGUAUAGCGAAGCAACAAUAAGUACCAGAAAAAUUACGAUCCAAAAAAGCCGUCGAAGUACCUUCUUUAUCUCGAUGUAA